AUGGGCGUUAGCUGUGGACUUCAUUUUCUAUCACUUGUGCUACUUGGCAUCAUUGCCGCGGUUGCUCUUAAAAGGUGCUAUGUAACGCCACUCCGCGAUAUUCCGGGUUCCUGGUUGGCAUCCGUGGCGAGCCUGUGGCAGGAGAUUAUCAAGCUCCCCAGAAGUCAUGGCAAUUUCGUUCGGGUCGCCGACAACGGAAUCAGUGUUGCCCAUCUCGAUGCGGUGCGCCAGUUGCUCCACGCCAAUAUUACCAAGGGAUCAUGGUAUUCGAUCUUUAGCUUGCCUGGCUAUCACUAUAUGAAUCAGAUGUCCAAGCGAGACCCUCAUCUACAAAUUCAAGCAUCUCUCGGCGAGGUGACCUUUUCUAGCCAAUUCCAAUUCUUCCCAACGGGUAGCAAUAUUCGCAAUGCCAUCGCCAAUACACGUGCGUUAGCUCUGUAUAUCGCCAUCAUGGGUCAUUAUGUCUGGCUACAUAACCUCUCCCACGGAAACCCGCUGCUCAGCCGGAUUGGCUUGCAGCCUCCCUCCCACAUUUUUGAUACAUGUCUCGCUGCUAUUCAGCAAAGAAAAUGCAGUUCUGCUGGUGUAAGACUCGAUAUGAUGGGAGGCUCGCUACGUGUCCGUCAUCAGUUACCUGAUCGCCUGAGCGAGUCGGCGGCAUUUUUCUAUUAUCUGAUCCGCCAUCCCCGGUACAAACUGAUGCUGCUACGAGAAAUAGAGGAGGCGCAGAUUGGGGGCGAUUUAUCUGAAGUGGUGUUGUACGCGGAGGCCGCAAAGCUGCCGUAUCUUCAAGCCCGCGUAGGUGACCUAACGAAUAGUAAUAGCUGCCAUGCAGCGAUUGAGACGGGGCUGCAUCGUGUAAUCCCAGCAGGCGGGCUCACCGUCGAUGACCAAUAUAUCCCAGCAGGAAUACGUUCCAAAUCCACGGUCCCUCGUAUAGAUCCAUGGGGCUUUCACCGCAAUCCCGGUCUCUUCGGGUCUGACUGCAACGACAUCAAUCCCUAUCACUAUGAAAUUCGACAGGCAGAUCCCAGAAGCUCGUGGAGGUUUGGAACACACUUCACAUCUGUGCCUUAUGGUUGA